GCGCCGGACCUGCCCUAUCCGGUAACAGCCGAGGCUCGUGGGAUGGCAGCCUGGGGCCCUGCGCCUGGUGUUGGCUGACCGACCCAAAUCCGGGGGAAUGUAUGGGAAGGGUGCCAAUGACCGGGUCAUCCGUACCUGCAGCAUUGCACAAGCUGUUCCUCGGGGCUGGUCCGGCUGCCCCUGCGCCAACUGGAUCGCGAUCUGAUAACGAAUUAUCGGCUAUCACAGGACAACACAGAACGAACACAGUCGGAUGGCCCGAGGUACGAGGAUGGCCACGACUCCCCGCCUGCCGGAUUCGGACUACCACCGGCAGAAUGCCGGGUCUACCGCCUGAUCAUGUGAAAUGUCUGGUCUGCCUGUAUAUUCAGGCCGCCAGUCGCUGCCAGUCGGCUGGAUUGUCGAAGUAUAUGUCGAGUCGUGGUGGUGAGACUUUGGAUACGCGGAUAUUUCUUCAGGAUCAACUUGCGCUUUUUGGUGAAGGGAGAGGUAUAUAGCUGGAUAGGCGCGUGGAGGAGUUGGGACUGUGGCUGGGUUUGUUUUGAUGUGAAGGUUGUAUUCAUCGAGGCUUUCUGGCUAUCAGUCGCAGUGAUCUCAUGUUGUCUUCGUCCUGUCACAAUGGCCGCUCUCGUUUUAUAGUACCGCCACAAGUUCCUUAUAGAUUUCUUCACUUGAUCCUUCGCAUGAACCACCAGCUUCUGGGUCCGAUCACCUGAAACCCCCACUCCCAACUACACGAAUCCUCA